ACAUUUUCAUCUCCCGAGCAGCCGGCAAAAACAGCCACUCCAGAGGACUUUAUUCGCAUGACUAAAGGAAUCACAAUGGCAACUGCAAAAGCAGUUGCUGCAGGAAACUCUUGUCGACAAGAGGAUGUGAUUGCAACUGCUAACCUGAGUCGCCGUGCAAUUGCUGAUAUGCUACGUUCAUGCAAGGAAGCCGUCUACCAUCCUGAGGUUAGCCCUGAUGUUCGGAUCCGUGCGAUGCGCUAUGGUAAAGAAUGUGCGACUGGCUACCUGCAGCUGCUGGAUCAUGUGCUAGUGCCGGUGAGUACCUGAGCACUGUGUGUGUGUUGUUAGUGUGCUCUGAUGCGGUGGAAAAGGCAGUAGGUGUUACUAUACAUACAUAUAUGCAUGCUCUAUAUAUUCCGACUAGGAUUAUAUUAAUCUGCCCCCCCUGUGCGUCCCCCUGUGCGUUACUUAGCGUCCCCCUGUGCGUUACU